UUAGAGAGCUAUGUGUCAAAUGCAGGGAAAAUGCUGCAAAGAUACUUGGGUCAGAUUGGGGGAGAGUUGGGCAUUUCCAUGCUGUAUGCCCCUAGAGUAACAAGCUCCCACAAGCAGUCUGCAUAUCCAUGCUGUCCACCUCCUCUGCUGCAAUGUAAUUUGCAUUCCCACUUGUUAACUGCAAUUCUAGUUUAGGUUAGAGAUAGUACAGAAAGAGGACCUUCGGCCCACCAAGUCCGCGCUGACUAGCAAUCUCCAUUCACUAGCACUGUGCUACACAAUAGAGACAAUUUGCAGUUUUUACCAAAGCCUAUUAACCUACGACCCUGUAAAUCUUUGAAGUGUGGGAGGAAGCAUUGACAGAAAACAUCCAAACUAUAGUCACUGCAUUGCAAUUGGACUGCUCCACUCAUUUCCCAGUGGCAUAGUGACUGGGAAAUCUUUAGGUCAUGAAAGAUAUUGGCAAAAAUAUAUAUUUUCAUUAUCAGAGAACUGAAUUUAAAAUGCUCCCCAGAACCUAUUCUCUCUCACAUUUUCCUCAACUCCCAUCAAAGAGAAAUAUUUAUUUAAAAGGAAAAGGAUAAAAUGUAGAAUCCCUGCAGCAUGGAAGGAGUGCAUUCGGCCCAUCGACCUCCUGUGGCUCGGUGCAAGCCUAAACCAUUCAUUCCCAUUGUCCGGCUUUCUCCACAGCUAUUCAAUGCUUCUCUCUCAAAUAUAUAUCCAUUUCCCUUUCAGAAGUCAAAACUGAAUCUACAUCAACCACCCUCAGAGUGUGAAUUUGAGAUUAAGCAUAACGUAGACACAAGGAACUGCAGAUACUGGUUUACAAAAAAAAAAGACAAAGUGCUGGAGUAACUCAGCUGGAUAAAGGCUUUAGUCUGAAGAAGGAACCUGACCAGAAACGUCACCUACCCAUACUCUCCAGAGAUGCUGACUGACCCACUGACUUACUCCAGCACUUUGCAUCUUUUUUAGAUUAAGCAUGCCCACUUUGUGAUAAAGUUAUUUUGUCACUUCACUUGGUUGUGCCCUGUGAUCCUCCAUCUAGCCUCAUUUUGUCCUGACCCCAAAUGUCAACUAAAUGUUCGCCAGAGAUGCUGCCUUACCCGCUGAGUUUCCGCAGAACUUCUCAAAGAGAUGUAACAAUUUCUCUUUUCUCUUUCCUGUGCCUCCAUUGUCUAAAAAAUCUAUGAUUGCAACGAAAUAUGAUAAUAUUUCAAUGUUUCUUUGUAAUAGGCUGCUUGGAAGAGAUGCAUGGGAGAAACUAUCAUUUUACUUGCCAUUUUCAUUCACCACCCUGCCUGGUGUGACUUUCCAGCCUUUCUGCCUUGCAAUGGCUACAGAACCUCCAAACAGAUAGACUGCAGCUACAGGCAAUUAACCUCGGUGCCAAGUGUCGGGUCAGAAAAUGCCACCACCUUCCUGCUGAAUGAUAAUUCUCUACAAGAAGUCAAUGACCAAGCGUUCUCUGGUCUGCCAAACCUUCGGGUGAUUGACUUGAGCAUGAACUGCAGCCCUGGGAAACUCCGCCUGCCAAGUCAGGACUGCAAACUGAUCAUUGGGUCCAGAGCCUUCCUUCACCUUCGCAAGUUAGAAAUAGUUAACCUAGCUGGAAAUAGUUUAACCUGUAUCCCACAGUUGCCCGCAAACCUUAUCGGCUUGAACCUGGCACUCAACAACAUCAUCAACUUGCAAUUUACAAAUGUCUCCAACCUAGUUAACCUGAAAUUUCUCAACUUUAGUAAGAAUUGCUUUUAUCAAAAUCCAUGCAAUGCCCCGUUUACGUUUAAUGAGGACACCUUUAGGAACAUGCCACACCUGAUGUCACUAGACCUGAGUUUUAAUAGUAUACUGGUCGUGCCUAGAGGACUGCCAAGAUCCUUGAAAAAACUGGUGCUAUCUGAGAAUAAGAUUCCACAAAUUUCCUCAGAGGAUUUUAAGAACCUUGUUCAUUUGGAAUAUCUUUCCCUGGCAUGGAACUGUCAACGGUGUGACCAUGCUGCCCAGCCCUGCUUUCCCUGCAAAAACAACAAAUCGAUUGAGUUGUCUCCCCAUUCCUUUCUUCAUCUGAGGGAACUGAAGACUCUGGUGCUCAGGGGCAACUCCCUCAGGUACUUGGAUGACAUCUUGUUCCAGUCACUGGGAGGCAUAACAUCCUUGGACCUAUCCGACAACUUUCUCGCCCACGCCAUUCAAAAUGCCACCUUUUUCGCAAACCUGACCCACCUGCAAGAACUCAACUUAAUGUACAAUUACAAACCGCUCCACAUCUUCAAGCACCUUGUCUUGCCUCCUUCUCUGGAGAACGUUAGGUCGUUGAGAACGUUUCAGAUCGAUGGUUUCUUCUUUAACACCUUGGAUAAAAAAACCAUCGGGCCAUUGCUCAGAAUGCCCAACAUUAGCUCGGUAAAUUUCCGAAUGAAUUUCAUCACAAAAAUUGACCUUAAACUCUUUGAGAAUAUGACGUCGCUGACGUAUAUCGGGCUCUCAGAAAACAAAUUGUCAUUCUCAUUGCAGAACUCCUGCCCCCAUCUGUCUGACAGUGGUGAGGUUAACAAAGACCUGGUUGACAACAGCCAUCGACCGUACUGGAUCCCAGAAAGAAGAGAAGACUACAAGGACGUCGAGGGAACCAAAACCAAAGGAGCGUCUUCCUUCUUUUCCCACGAGAGUUGCUCUUCUUUUGGGAAAGUCUUUGACUUGUCAUACAACAAUAUAGCAGAUAUAAAGCCAGACAAUUUUGAAGGAUUGGAGAACGUCCGCUGCCUUUUACUGAAUUGCAAUUACUUGACGCAGGCACUGGACGGCACACAGUUCAACCGGCUGAAGAACCUAAAGUAUCUGAACCUUGCUUACAAUCGAAUAGAUUUCUACUUUAAGGAGGCAUUUUCAGAGAUCCAGACACUCGAAGUUCUGGACCUCAGUUCCAAUAGUUACACUUUUGAAAUGAAAGGCAUGGGCCAUGGGUUCGAAUUCAUCAAAUACUUGCCCUCCAUAAGGUGCUUAAAUUUGGCACACAACAAAAUUGCAAAACGGGUCACAAGUGAGCUGCACAGUAGCACUUUGAAUGUGUUGAACUUUCGUGGAAACUUCUUGAGCGUGAUGUGGGAGAGUGGCACUAAUACCUACUGGAAUUUUUUCCACAACCUUAAAAACUUAACCAUCCUGGAUAUCUCGAUGAAUAUGCUGAAGACUGUACCUCCAGAGGCAAUGGUUCGAUUUCCAAUGAGCUUGAAAGAGCUUUACAUUGAUGACAAUCAAAUGGACUUUUUCAACUGGGACAACCUAUCAGAACUAAAAAACCUUGAAAUUCUGGACUUGAGUCAAAACUUGCUUCGUGGUUUGCCCACAAAAGCAUGUCUCUUUCCGGAGCGAUUCUCCAAACUUGUCUUGCGGGACAACAAAAUAUCUCAACUUCCCAGCAGCUUUUUCUCCCAGGCCCAAGCCCUGCGUCACCUUGACUUGAGUCGGAAUAAAAUCAAAGCUUUAUACGUAAAUAGUUUGCCCUCUGAACUCUUGCAAGGGCUGAGCGUUCUGGCUCUGGCCAACAAUCCUUUCAGCUGCACCUGUGAUGCCGGCUGGCUUCUCCAUUUCAUCAAAGAUACGAGUAUUUCACUGGCUGAUCUUACCACCGCUUGGAAGUGCGAGUUUCCAGAAUCACAAGAAGGCAAGAGCAUUCUUUUGACGGACCCACAGUCUUGCCAGAAGAUCCAUGGAAGCAUCGGCUUCGUGGUCUCGUUUGUGCUGACUCUAACACUCACGGCCCUGCCAAUAUUGCACAAGCUGUUUGGUUGGGAUUCCUGGUACACUUUCCACGUGUGCGUCGCCAAGUUAAAAGGCAGUAGGUUGAUUCCGUCAGAGAAGCUGCAAUACGACGCCUUUAUAGUCUUCGACACCAAUCACAAUGCUGUGGCUGACUGGGUCUACCACGAGCUGGUGGUCAACCUUGAGAAGAAAGGACAGCGCAAGUUCAACCUUUGCCUGGAGGAGAGAGAUUGGACUCCUGGAAAGUCAUCAAUAGAGAACUUGUACGAUGCCAUCUACCAAAGUAGGAAAGCCAUCUUCAUACUGACCAACGCCUGCUUUGCAAGUGGGCAGUUGAGACAAGCCUUCUUCAUCGCACAUCAGCGGCUGUUGGACGACAAGGUGGACGUCAUAGUCCUGGUCCUUCUGGAUCAGUCUUUGCGAAAGUCAAAGUACCUUCAGUUGCGCAAGAGACUGUGCAAGGCCUCGGUCUUAAGUUGGCCCCACAACCCUCACGUAGAACGGCAUUUCUGGCUUAAGUUGCAGAAGGUCCUGACCAGGGACAACAGGUCGCAAUAUGAUCCGAAUUUCAGUGAGAGCUUCUUACCCUUCGAGUACAACUUGCAGAGCAUCUUGUGGCACAAACAUUGAGUCAUAGUGUCAAACAGCAUGGAAACAGCCCCUUAGGCCCACCUUGACCACACCGACCAAUAUAUCCCAUCCACCCUAGUCUAGCUUGCCUGCGUUUGAUACACAUCCCACUAAACGCUUCCUAUCCAUAUACCUGCCCAAAUACCUCAACUACCUCCUCUGGCAACUCGUCCCAUAUACCCACCAUCUUCUGUGUGUAAAAAGUGGCCCUCAGGUUCCCUUCCCCUCACCAACACUACUUUAUUGUCAUAUGUGCGGGGGGGGCAAAUACACAGAUAAAUUAUUUUCUUACAGUAUUAAACCUUUGUCCUCUUAUUCCCCUACCCUGGGUGAAACGCUCUGUGAAUUCCCCCUGUCUAUUCCUCUCAUGAUUAACAGAAGAAUUAACCCGAGUAAUUCCAAAUAUUCUGAAACUAAUAUUCCAAAUAUUUGAAUCAGGUUAAUAAAUCCUCCUCACCUUUCUGUGCGCUCAGCAAGGCCAGGUUUAGUUUAAUUUAGAGAUACAGUAU